AUGGGACGUGCUGAAUCCCGACUGAGGCCAAUGCAUUUAUUUUCAAAAAUAACACUGAGAAAAAAACUCGUAUUCAUUCCUUCAUCCAUCUGCUAUAGUCUUCCUUUUUCUUUUCUUUCUUUCCUUUUCUUAUUAAUUUUUUUCUUUUCCUUUUCUUUUUUUUUCUUUCUUUUGCGUCUACCUUUUUUCCCUUUCUUUUUUCCUUUCUUCUUUCCAUCACGUUCUGUCUUUUUUCUUUUUCUUCCUUUUACGGUAUUUCCAUUUUAUUUCCUCCCCCUUUUACUUUCAGUUUUUUCAUUCACAUUUAUUUUAAAUGUUUUUUACUUUUUCUUUUUUUCACUUUUCUUUUUUUUUUUUUUAUUUAUUUUUUUUUUUUCUAUGAGAAAUGAUUUUUACUUUCAUUCAGUUUUGCAUUUUUAUCACGUUUUUUUCUUUCUUUUAAUUUUACUUUCUUUAUUAUUUAUUUUGUUUUUUCUUUCUUUUAUUAAAUCUUUUUCAUUCUUAUGUACUUUGUUUUUUCCUUCUUUUAUUGCGUUUAUUUAUCUUUUAUUUUAUCUUUUAUUGCGUCUAUUCAAUUUUACAUUCUUUUUUCUUUUUUUUUUUUUUUUUCUUUCUUAUUCUUUCUUAUUUUUUUUUCAUUUUCUCAUUCUUUUUUUUAACGUUUCUUUCUUUCUUUCUUUUUUUUUUCAAUUUUACCCUCUUUUUUUUCUUUCUUUCACUUUAAAAUCAUUUUUUUUUUUUCUUAUUUUGUUUUUUUUCUUUUCUUUUAUCAAAACUUUUUUAGAACCAAUAUUUCUUUCUUUAUUUCUUUUCUUUGUACUUUCUUUCAAGGAAAUUUCAUUUUUCACGCUUGCUUUUUAUCCCCCUUCAAUGUCUUUAAAGAGCAAAACAUUUGGGGGCAUUUUAAUUAUUUCCUCUUCAAACAAAACAACCGCUGUAGUUAAUAAAGAGAAACAAUUGAUUUUUCUUUUUCUGUUUUUUUUUUCUUUUUCUUUUAUUUUUUUGUGGGGUGGAGGUACAUUUUCAAAGAACUUUUUUAAAAAUUACUUAAUUUUCAAUUAUUUUUCUUCCUUUUAG